AUGAACAAGUCAAUAAGAAGUCGUGGGGUAAGCAUAGCUAUCGAACAUACUCCAAAGGAUGAUUUCAUAGCGGACAGAGAUGCAAGCAUGAUGUCUACGGGCCAAAGCCGAAAGGAAGUUCGCGGACAGAGGGAUAUGCUAGCAAGCCCCAAAAACAUCGUCAGGUUGGGAUCAUGGAACGUAAGAACUAUGUACUCCACUGGAAAAACCGCACAAGUAAUAGCAGAAAUGAAGAGAUACCACCUAGAUAUACUUGGAAUAAGCGAAUGCAGAUGGACAGAUUCUGGAAAAAUCAGAACCCAGACAGGUGAAACGAUACUGUAUUCUGGAAGGAAAGAUAACCAUCACAGUAAUGGAGUUGCUAUUGCUAUAUCAAAGGAGAAAGCCAAGACAUUAUAUGAAUGGUCACCCAUUAACGACCGCAUCAUAACUGCCAGGUUCUGGUCAAACUAUAUAAAAACAACAUUGAUACAAGUGUAUGCACCUACCAAUGAUGCAGACGAGGAAUCAAAAGAUAAUUUUUACGAACAACUACAGGGAGUCAUAGACAACACUCCACGCCAUGAUAUUAUAAUUCUAACUGGCGAUAUUAAUGCAAAAGUAGGUAACAAACAGGAAGGAGAGGAUGGAAUUGUUGGAAAGUAUGGUUUACACUCGGAAAGGAACGAUAAUGGAGAAAGAUUUGCAUCAUUUUGUGCCAUCAACAACUUGGCAAUAUCUACAACAAUGUUUAAACAUAAAGACAUACACAAGCAGACAUGGACUUCACCAAAUGGUCAACACAAGAACCAGAUAGGACCAUGUAGCAGUGAAUGGGCGCUUUAA